AUGUUCCCAUUAAACAAGAUUAAAUGGAUGUGCAAGACGUUACAAUUAAGGAAGAUCGUCAAACGGCGAGAAAGCCGAAGGCGUUUCGUCUUCACCUCAGCCGCACGGAGAGGAAGCUCAACAGCAGCUGAAGAACUGUCGAAAAUGGUGACUUACAAGAGAUUUGCCGACGAGCACCCGAAGAUCUACCAGAUGAAGCUAUGGGCUACCAAUGAGGUCCGAGCCAAGUCGAAAUUCUGGUACUUUCUGAGGAAGCUGAAGAAGGUGAAGAAGAGCAAUGGUCAGGUUUUUGCUAUCAAUGAGAUAUUCGAGAAAAACCCGACCACAAUCAAGAACUGCGGCAUCUGGUUAAGAUACCAAAGUAGAACCGGCUAUCACAACAUGUACAAGGAGUAUCGUGACACAACGUUCAAUGGUGCAGUCGGGCAAAUGUACACUGAGAGGGCAUCUCGACUUAGGAAAGGUGAGGCCCCCAACAAGGAAACUCAAGACCACUUACAAGGCGUCCAGGCUCAAGGCCCAACCUGUUUAUGUAAGAAGUCUAUAUGCAUUUUUUCAAGUAUUUUAGCACGAGAGUUGAUGACCGCCAAUGGGGAAAAGGAUGGCAGUCGCAACGACAGUGCUGCUGAGCUCAGUCUAUCUUGA